AAGGGUGUUGCUAACUGAAGGCUUGCCAUGGAAAAGGAACUGAUGUUUUCUCCGAUGGGGCGAAGCGUGUGGUGGAUGAAAGGAUAAGACUUCUGGUGGAAAAUGACCGAUAUAAUGGCUGCUGAAAGGUCUGGAAUUGCCAAAAUUGUUACAGAAUUGCUGCCAAACUCGAAUUGAUGGAGCAAUGCUCUGGUGUGAAGGACAGCCAGUUAUACCAGAAACCUCUGGUGAGGGAUAUCCAUAUGCACCGGAACAUUGGCCAGAACAGGGUGAUGUUUGGGGAUGGAGAACUGGACGAAGAAUUUCCCCCGGUGGCACAUACUUUCAGGAUCGUUAUUUAUAUUUGCCAAGUCGACUAGUCCAAAUGUUGAAGGAAGAGAAAGAGAACACAGGGUCAGCUUCGGGCACAUUCCGCAAACAUAUCUUUGCAAGCAAGCUUUCCGUUGAACGCUAUAUCAAGAGAUAUUUUCCUGACGCCGAUCUUAAGGCCUUUUUUGCUUCUUUCUCCUGGAAGAUUCCUGCUCUAACAUCUUCAUCAGGAAAUGAUGUACCAAUAGCUGCUAUACCUCUUCAACAGAUACCACACGAAUCAUGUGACUCCGACGGUGAGGAUGUUGUCAAGUGUAAAGCAAAUAAUAAGAAGUGCUCUAGUCUGGUGUUAGAAGAAGUAGAAAAAUAUUCACCAGCCAUGCCUUGUGAUAUCUGCUGUUCUGAACCUAUGUUUUGCCGUGACUGUUGUUGCAUUCUUUGCAGCAAAACUGUCUGUACAGCUUAUGGUGGCUAUAGUUACAUCAAGUGUCAAGUAAAUGCUGGUGUGGGAAUUUGUGGUCACGUUGCUCAUAUUGAAUGUGCCCUCCGAUGUCUCUUGGCUGGCAAAGUUGGAGGAAGUAUUGGACUAGAUGCUGGGUACCACUGCCGACGCUGUGAUGGGAGGACUGACAUGAUUUCUUAUGUUAAUAAUCUUUUACAAACGUGUAAAACUACGGAUUUGGAUGAUGAAAUUCUGAAGAAGAUUUUAAAUCUUGGUGCUUGUCUUUUGCGUGGUUCAGAGAAACCCGUUGCAAAGGAGCUGCUACGUUAUAUUGAAUUGACUGUCUCAAAGCUUAAAUGUGGAACUAAUCUUGAGGAUAUAUGGAAGGAUGAUAACAGUUUUAUAGCUCAUUCUACAGAUAAUAGUAGUGAUGUGAUGCAAGUGUCAAUCAAUGAGGAUCGUUUUGAAGAUAAGUCGGGGUUGGAAUCUAAUAAUUUCCUACCCCGUUCAUUAAAACUUGAGGCUGAGGUAGAUCGAGUUCUCCAGGAUUUUAGAAAGUCUCAGGAGUUUGAAUAUAAGGUGGUUGAAGAAACAAUUCGAACACAAAAAACCUAUUUACAAAAUUUGUAUCAACAACUGGAUUAUGAAAAAAAUGCAUGGGUUGGUCAAAUCUCAUCUGCAUCAGAGGUCUCGCCUAGCUCUGUUGUAAGAGAGAGAAAGAAACAGAUAAGACGGGAGGUGGUUAAAUUUGAAAUCAUGAAGAAGGUAGCGAAUGGUUUUGGUAAGACAUCCAGUAGUAUUUUAAAGGAGCACUUUGGCUUUAAAGUGAUAGAUUAAAUUGAUAAAUCUUUGAGGUUGUGAAAUUUUGACUUUUCUUCUCAGAUUUUCGUAGUUUUAGCAUCAAAAUGCAUUCUUUCAUACCAUCAUGAAUAUUCUGCCAAACAAAAUCAAUUGGCAUUUCUCUGAGCGACUCUAUAAACUGAUACACAAGAUGUAGUUAGGUGAUGUAAAAAGCAUAGAUUUGUUCAUUGCUGUUGUAAUAUACUUCAUGGUAGUUAGCUGUUAAAAUUCUCUAUCGAAACAUUUUUA